UCGAACAGUGGAGCGUGUUCCUGGGUAAAAACCUGAAUAUUUAAAGUGGCGUAAUGGAAAGAGAUACUUCAAUAAUUUCUGAUGAAAUAGGGGAUUCGAUUUUUUUUCUUCAACUUCUCGGGAAAAUGUGUUAGUCGAGUGAUGUAGGAAAGUGCGAGGUCUUCCGUCAGUCAGUGGAGAUAUACGAAAAAGCGGACAAUUGUAUUAACUUGUCGAUAAUAAUCAGAUCAGAUGAGAGACAUCAACAUGAAGAUAAAUCAUUAAAAUUGAAAAUUUAUUCAUUGAGGCACUGGAUGACUGUAUUAGUGUUUUGGCAAUCGGAGUUUGGGAGUGAUUUAAUGAAGAUGAGGAUAUCGAUAUCGACUAUUGUCUUCCUUGUUUCCGUUGUUAUGCUGUCUAUUUUUGUUGCUAAUGUAGCUAAUUUAAUCGCGACUGACAGCAAGACUCAUUAUGAAGAGGGGACUCAAAGGUUUGAAGGACAUGAACCGAAGAAGUAUGAGAUUGGAGAUAUGAUGGAUAAUCUCAUGUGGUUUUUGCAGAUUUCAGAUAUCCAUAUUAGUAUCUUCAAGGACCCCUCUAGAAUAACUGAACUGAAAGAGUUUUGCGAUGUAACUGUCGACGCGUUCAAUCCACCAGUGGUUCUGGCCUCUGGUGAUUUGACUGAUGCUAAGAAAAAAGAUGCAAUGGGCUCUAAACAAGCGUUGGAUGAAUGGAAACAUUACAGAAGAGUCUUGGAUGAAUCUGGGGUGCUCAAGAAGACCACUUGGCUGGAUGUCAGAGGAAAUCAUGACAACUUCAAUGUCAUCAACAUAAAAUCCCCUGAGAACUACUAUUUGAACUAUUCAGUCCAAGGCAGGCACCAUCCGCGCUCAUAUAUCCACCAAAUAAGCUUCUACUCGCAGAAAUACUCGUUCAUAGCGAUUGACGCGUGCCUGGAGCCAGGUCCUAAGCGUCCUUUCAACUUCGUGGGCUUUCUCGAUGAGCACGAGAUAGACAAGAUAAAACAGCUAGCUCAAGACUCCAAGAGACUUAACAGUGACUAUAUAGUGUGGUUUGGACACUACCCAACCUCCUGCAUCCUGUCCCAGUGCGACGACGGACUAAGAGAGAUUAUGGCUAAACAUAAAGAGGGAAUGGUGUACCUCUGUGGACACUAUCACACCCUGGGCGGAAUUGCCCCUGAGAUGUACACGUUGCAACGAGGGGGGUAUCUAGAGCUAGAACUAGCUGACUGGAAGGACAAUAGGAUGUACCGAGUGGGGAUAAUUGAUCAUGGACAAUUCUCCUUCAGUGAUAAUCAGCAUAACGACUGGCCUGUGGCUGUCAUCACGAAUCCCAAACACGUUUUGUAUUCGAUGCCUCAACGAGAGAACAUUAAAUCGAUUAUUGAGUCCACUCAUGUGAGGGUGUUGGCGUUCUCUACAGAUCCCAUCACAUCUGUUAGUGUUAGGAUCGAUGAGGAGGGGUGGGUUCAGUGCAGAAAGGUUGAAGGACCUCUUUAUGUGGCGCGAUGGAAUGCCUCGCGAUACUUGAACGGCAUUCAUACUAUCAGCACGAGAGUUGUGGAUGAGCUGAGCAGGGAGAAGAAGGUGGUGCAGAUGUUCGCACUGGAUGGUUCCAGGAUGUCCUUCAAGGUGCUUGCAAGGUUCUUGUUGAUGUCUGAUGCCAGCAGAAUUUUUGCGAUUGCUUUUGGAGUGAUGCUAGUCUUCAAUGUGGUUCCUCUAUGUAUUCUACGAGUGUGCCAUAAACUGGUGCUGAUGAAGAAGAUGCAACGUCCAAGGUUGAGGAUUAGAUGUCUCCAUAUACUCAUUAGAAAACUUUGGAUCACAUCUACGAUUCAUUAUCUCUUCUGGCCGAUGGUUUUGUAUCCACUCUACCUAGUCUUCGGUCCAUGGGCAGCAGGGGAGGUGAUAGAAGAUUCCUUCGGCAUAAUUUUCGCUUGGGGAAUGUACAUCGGAAAAUCAUAUCUCCCCGGAUCCUUCACAUAUGCCUACGGAUUCUUCCAACUAUUCACGUUUCACGUACCGUUGACAAUAAUCUUGGCAUUUGCAGUGGACAGGCGAUUUCAGAUGUUAGAAAAACCCUUGAUGAAACAACCGAACUUAUUGACGCUACUCUGGAGGCAUCUACCCUUUUUCCUUUUAAUCUCAAUGCAAACUGUGCUUGCUUAUUUUUUCUGGCUAGCCUAUGGCACUAUCGCAACAAUCCUCUGCCCCUUCAGAAGCUGGAGCAUUAUAAUUGCUAUCGUCUUAUGGUAUCUAGCUAAUACUGUACCAAACCCUCGUCUCAGAUCUGCAGCCUCAGUUUGGUCUUCAACAAAGAGAUUAUCAAUAAACGAUUAGAUCCAGUCUUUUUUAAUUGACUGAAAUUCUUAUUUUUUUAAUGAAAUGUAGAAACCCCGAGGGAUGAGUUUAAUUCAAUAAUAAUGGAUUUAUUCGUAAUCAAAGACAGCACAAGCAUCUGCUCGAUGGCAAUGUUCCCCUCUGCCUCCAAGACUUGAUAGGGUAUUGAUAAAAAUUAUUUUUUAAUGGAAGUAUGAGUGUGUAGUUAUUGUAGAAACGACUGUUCACUUUCUCUGUGAAUAUUGCGGGUGUUUAUUACUAGAUUUUGUUGUUUAAUAAUCAUUUUGAGAGGUUCCAUGGUUUUCUCUGAGGUUUUGUGAUAUUUUAAUAGAUACUCUUGGGAAUAAGAAUUUUUUAAGGAGUUAGAAUAUCAGUUGGGAGAGUGGUGAAAUAUGCGGAGUAGAAUUUGACAUUUAUGGUAAUUGUAAGUUUGUUUUGGGGAGGAGUGAUUUAAGGGAAACCACUCCUAAAGAGAGCUACUCCUCUAGAUUAUGAAAUUUCGUUCAAAAAACGUCUUUUGACAUUUUGUUGUGAAACUACUCAUUCUUGAAAUAAUUAGGUGAGAAUGGAGUAAAGUUGAACGGAAGUUUCAUCCUCCAAAAGUCAAACGAACGUUCUUAAGGGUCAAAUUACAAUAAGAAUUUUUGUUUACUUUUCGUUUACGAGUAAAUGAAAAGGUACUUUUCGGCACGAGGUGAACGUAGCAGCAGUGUCAAAAAUGAAAUUUUCGAUUUAUUAUAUUCAAAUACGACGAUUUCAUGUUGUAAUGAUUGAAUUAUCUCCAGAACGAGUAGUUUCAGGACAAAAUAUUAAUAGACCUUUUGUAAGUACUCUUAAAAUCACUCAUUUCCAGGAUGAUCUCAUAUUUAAAACGACAAAAUGUGAAAGAUCAAUUGGUUUUACCCAUUCACCAUUGACUACAAAUUUUAAAAAGUCUUUGUCAAUGAAAGUAAUCAAUUUUGAAUUAAUUACAUCCAUUGUUCAUAUUUUUCAUCUCUAUUAUACUUCCAUGAGAAUUGUAAUUAUGUUGAACAAUGAGAUUAAUCAGUUUUUCAUUUUUAAUACGAGUGGAUUAAAAAAUGCAGGAAUUUAUGUACCUAAAUAAUUUCAAUUUCGAUUAUGUGAUUCUAUACAAUAAUAGCCCCUUCAAAUGACGACUAAGUAAUCAUUGUUGUUGAUUAGAAGUGACAAUUUGUUUUAGGAGUGUGCCAAUAAAGUCAUUGAAAAAUCA